CUGGUCUCAGUCAAUUUCAUAUUUCAGUCCUGACGUCAGGACGCCUAUAAAACUAAGCUAUGGUUUUUAACUCGUCGGCUGACUGAUCUCUUUGAAAAAAAAAUCUAUCAAUCCAAGGGUGGAGUUUUUUUUUCCUCCCAUUCUCUACUAGGCAACUAUUUGGCCGGGACACAUACGUGAACCUCCUCAAAUUGGCGCACUAAUCCUAAAAGGAGCCAUGAAGUGUUAAACGGUAGAAACAGAGAGAGCGGCGCUCAGACACCCGCACGCUGGGAGAGAGGGAGGAAACAGCGCUGCUCCAAUGCGUCUGUGCAACACAGACUGAAGAGAGAGAGGAAAAAAAACUUAUCGACUCACAAAACCAGAACCUGCGCUGCGCAAUUAGUGCGAGAGAACUCACUUUUCCUUCUGUUUUGAAGAAAAUAAAUAAAGAAAUCAAGCUGGCUCAGUGCGUGUCUCAGCAGCCUACUUUGACAGGUGCUCCUCACCCCCUUUGGAGGACUGUCAACAGCAAGAGGAUGGCAUCAGAGCUGGCAAUGAGCAACUCCGACCUGCCCACCAGUCCCCUGGCCAUGGAAUAUGUUAAUGACUUCGAUCUGAUGAAGUUUGAAGUGAAAAAGGAGCCGGUGGAGCCCGAUCGCAGCAUCAACCAGUGCAGCCGCCUGGUCGCCGGGGGAUCCCUAUCUUCCACCCCGAUGAGCACGCCUUGCAGCUCGGUUCCCCCCUCUCCAAGCUUCUCGGCGCCCAGUCCGGGAUCAGGGAGCGAACAGAAGACGCACUUGGAGGAUUUCUACUGGAUGACCGGGUACCAGCAGCAGCUGAACCCCGAGGCUCUGGGCUUUAGCCCAGAGGACGCCGUAGAGGCGCUGAUCAGCAGCAGUCACCAGCUCCAAACCUUCGACGGCUAUGCCAGAGGGCAGCAGUUCGGCGGAGCAGCCGGGGCAGGAGGCGCCAUGGCCGGGGAGGAGAUGGGAUCAGCGGCCGCCGUGGUGUCCGCUGUCAUCGCCGCUGCCGCGGCCCAGAACGGGGCUCCCCACCACCACCACCAUCACCACCACCACCACCACACAGGGGCACACCAUCCCUCCUCCGGGUCCCAGUCCGGCGGCGGCGCGGGGGGCAACCACCAGCACCUACGCCUGGAGGAGCGCUUCUCGGACGAGCAGCUGGUCACCAUGUCGGUGCGGGAACUGAACCGGCAGCUCCGGGGGGUCAGCAAGGAAGAGGUGAUCCGUCUUAAACAGAAGAGGAGGACACUAAAGAACAGAGGCUAUGCGCAGUCCUGUCGGUACAAGCGCGUCCAGCAGCGGCACGUCCUGGAGGGGGAGAAGACGCAGCUCAUGCAGCAGGUGGACCACCUCAAGCAGGAGAUCUCCCGGCUGGCCAGGGAGAGGGACGCCUACAAGGAGAAAUACGAGAAGCUGAUCAGCACCGGCUUCAGAGAAAACGGAGGCUCCAGCAGUGACAACAACCCUUCAUCUCCGGAGUUUUUCAUGACAUCGAGAAAAUUCCUCCAUCUGUGAUAGAGAGCUGUGCUUUCUUGGCCCCACCAGCCUGGAGACUGCGAUAUUAUGACACUGGAAUGCUGUUUUAUGAACAACCUACGGCACCUGGACUGCCAUGAAGCACAAUGUCUCAAAAGCGACUCGCCCUCCCAGCGGCUUCAGGACAACCCAACCCAAAUACAGAGGCUCGAC